AGGGGAGACGUACAUCUUUAAAAUAUUAACAAGUUAUUCUGUUACCUACGGUCUGCGGACCGAUCUCUUUGAAGAAAAGUACCAGUGGUUCUGUGUAUUACUUCCAAACCAGUUUCUCUUUUUGACGUGACCGGAAGAGGGGGAAUCCUGGUCGUCGAUCCAUUUGAGGCUUUGCUGGGGUUGACCGGUUAAUAGAAUGUGACACAAAUAUUGAUCGAUUAACAAAACAAGCAUUAAUAACACCUUUGUUCUCAUUGACAGGGAGCACAAACUGACCAGUAUGAAUGCCAAGAGAGCAGACGAGUUGAAGGAACAGGGCAAUGAAUGUGUCAAGAAGGAAAACUACAUGGAGGCCAUUAUCCACUACACGCAUGCCAUCAAGCUGGACCCAUCCAAUCACCUUAUAUUCAGCAACCGGUCCUUAGCCUUCCUCAAAGUCCAGCAGUACUAUCUAGCACUAGAUGAUGCAAAACAGGCCAUCCAGCUACAGCCUAAGUGGACAAAGGGCUACUUCAGAAAAGGAGAGGUUGAGUUUGCAGUAGGAAAUUAUAACGAUGCGGUUAUGUCAUACAAUAAAGCCAUGGUCCUGGAUGCAACUGAUGUGAAAGUGAGAGAUGCCAUCAGCAAGACAAGGUCAGCCAUGAACAAGGAGAGAAAAGCGAAUGCCCGUCUGCCGUGGAAGUUUGCAGCUGCUGGUGGAGGAAUGGGCCUUCUCAUUGUGAUCGCAGAUCAGUACCUGGCCAAAGAACCUUCCAUCACUUACGUGGUGCUUCAACUGUUGCUGAUAUCAGUGUUUGCAGCGCUAGGCUAUGUCAUUGCCCUUGGAUACAGGUUUUUGCUAAACUCACAGAAAUCGUCGUUACUGGAAGCACCAAUAGAUUUACUGUCCGAGAUGGAAGGCAAGCCAUCACGCCAGACAAAUCCUGAAGAAUCCUCCCAAGACACGUCAGAGUCAGGAAAGCGCCAUCGUAAAGGAGGCACGGGUGCAGCGAGACAGAGAUACAAGCAGGGAAAGACUUGAUGACCUCACGACAUCGCUGGAUACACUGUACAUACGUCAUACAGCCAUCAAGGGUUAACACCCGUGAAACUUUCAUUCACAAAUUGGUUUUAGGAUGUCAAUAAAAAGAUUAGUCAGCAUAUAACACAAUUUAAAACGAGUUUCGUCGGUUAUCCGUCCAUCCAUCUUGUAAUGUUUCCUGGGCCCACUUGUACAAAGUGAUCUUAGCGUUAAGACUGUCGUAAGCCUAUGUUAAAGUAUGGGAGUUAUGAUCAUCUUAGCGCUAAGAUCGCUUUGUGCAAGUGCGCCCUGAUCAUGAUACAGAAACUAUCCAAGAUAUCUUCAUGGAACUGGGUACACAUAUCGACCAAGUUAACGUGUAAGGCUUAAAAAAAUAAAAGAAUUGGUUCUCAGUCAAUAAAGUGCGGAAAGGUUGGUGUUUUCAGUUUUUGCUUGUUCAAACUAGUAUGUAACCAAAUAAACAGUUGUGUACCAUCAACCUGAGACAUGGUCUCCUCACAUAAACAAGCAUACAAACUCCUAUUGCAGCUAUGACCAUAACACAAGGUGCGCAGUAAAGCAGUGUGCAUGUAAAGGGAAGUAACUGCAUGAUUUUUUGGAUCACAUUGUUAAAAAGUAUUAAGAUUUUAAAUUAAGUUUUGGAAAAUGGAAAUAAAGACGAAACGUGUUGCAGACUUUGUGAUGAUGUGGGCAGUUCCUGAGAACCAAGACUAAAGGGCUGGGACGAGUCCAAAUUUACUACCCGGGUACCCGACACUCUAUUACCUGGCCCUACCCGGAUACCCGCUAUAGGUCUCAAGAGUUGGGUAAAAAAUGUCCGAAUGGGAAUUGUUUUACAGCAGCUCUGGCAAAAACUAUUUACAUUCAUGUUCAUGUAUACACUGCAAUUGAUAGACGCUUUACCCUUACUCGAACAUAUAAAAGUCAGAACGAAUGCCUGCAUAGUGAGAAAGAAAUGUGAACAUUAUAACUAUACUAGCUUGUAGUGUAACCAUUGAGUUUUAUUGUUAAUGUCAUGUUAUUGUAAACAGUAUGUCACGUGACAAAUGGGUCCGGGUAGUCAUGUGGGUACCCGGGUCCUACUCAGGACCCACCCGACCCGAGUACCUGAGCUACCCGUCUCAGCCCUACAAGACUAUAAUGAUUUUUUAGCCUAACCAAAUUGUGCAUGCUAUCAAUUAAGAGAACUGCUGUGGUGGGCACAGCAGGUAAUUUUCUGUCCCCAGAUUGCAGGUCAGUUUGUGAUAGUAGUGAUAAAGUGUUCAACAUUUGUCACAGAUUUGUACUCCGGUCAAAGGUCAAGUUGUUGACACAUCAGGGGUUAACACAAUGGUAGAUGAAGUAAGGCAGUUGUCUUUGAACAUGCUAUGCAGUACGUGAGAAUCCCUAUCAAGAGUUGCGUAGUAUAACCUGAUUAGAUAGGAAACAAGGCAAGUUGCUAGGACAGCUGUCAUACCUUUCCAAAUUGAGAAGAAUUAGUAGUAUUUCUGAAUUUUUUCAUUCCCUUAACUUUUAAGUCAGACAUUUUUCGGCAGGUAGUCCGAAGUCCGUGUCUAGUAAAAUUCUGUUCAGUCUACAUAAUAAAACUAAAUUCCACUGUGUGAUGUUGAGAGCCAAGAUCGGUCUAGUAGACUCAAAAGUGUUUGGCAUUACAUUAUGAUAUAUAUACUACUCAAAAGAAAUUAAAGAACGCCUGAUUCUUUCAUAUUACCAUAGUUAAUCUGUCAUGGCAGAACAGAAUAACUACAGUAAUAUGAAAGAAUCAGGUGUUCUUUAAUUUCUUUUGAGUAGUAUACUUGCUGAAUGAAAUGAAAAUGCCUAUAUUGUGAUUUCAUCAUCUGCACCAUCUGUUAGUAAUAACUAGACACUGUGGUUACUGUUAAUUGGGUUUGAUAAAAAAAUACAAUUACUGGAAAUUAUUGAAAAGCUUUAAUCAAUUUAUGUGAUGUGAAGGGCUCAAUAUUUCAUAUACUCUUAUUAAUCCCACAUGCCAGUACAGUGACGAGUUUAUAUACAUAUUCAGUUUUGGAGUUGGCAAAAGUUAAAAUGAACAUAGAUAUUGAGAGUAUAUCUUAACCAAACCAUUUUGUAGAUUUGUAAAUUUUACGUGCAAAUUAUGUUCAGUUUAUGUUAUGUCUAAUAAGAUCAGCCUGUUCAUGCACUGUACCACUGUAUGUGGGAUUCAAACCAGGUCGGGGUGACGAGUGGGCACAGUUAACCACAACGCCAUCCCCAUUGAUGCAAUGAAAAAACAGAACGCUUUUUGACUAGCUCUAUCUAUGAAUUAGAUAGCUGCAGACAUAUUACUGACUGCUAAAAUAUAGUGAAAAUGGAUGGCACAAUUGCCCAGUUGUCUAAGGUGCAGCGAUUCGCUGUGCAGAGUUGCGUCCCUUUGGCACACCAGAAACCUAUGAUCGAGGGUUCGAAUCAAGGUACGGCCCGAUUAUAAUUCUAGGUUUGUCAACACCAUUGUGUGUUUCACCGAAGUGGUAAAUGUCUGAGACCUGCAUCUCUUCGGGCUUUCCUACAUUAAGCUGACACACUGUGAUAUAACUGGAAUACUGUUAAAAGCGGUGUUAGACCUAACUCACUCACUCACUCCAAUGACAUGGAGUUGUUACCUUCUGAUAGGGGUAUACAAGAACAUGUUCUAGGUUUCAUAUACCAACCAGUGUUUUGCAGGCCAGUUCGUAGCAAGCCCACCCCUUUUUGCUGGUUGAGACCACCCCUCCCCACCUAUUAUUCAUCAUGCUGUGGUUUCUCAGAUUAUUAAAAGAAAUUUUGUAUUGAAACUCAUAAAAAUCAGAUCUUCGUGUUGCUACUGCUACACAUAAAGGAGCGAGCACCAAGAUCUGACUAGACUGAGAUUGUCUUGUACCCACAUUUUUGUUGUUAUUUUGGGUACUGUUUUAUAUCGUAAUGUGAUUGCACCUCUAGUAUAUAUUCAUUAUCAGGGAUCAUCUCGUAUCACAUAGUCAGGGCAUUCUGAAUCGGAAAUCUGUAAAAGAAUAUGACAAUACAGUGUGAUAAAAUCACUCUGUGAAACCCUAUUAUACUGCCACCAUCAGUGAACAUGAAAUGUCACAUAAAAAUAUCUUACAGUCUCAUUAAGGUUAGAUCUUCGUGCUCGCUUCCGCUACUUGUAUACCCGCUACUUGUGUAGCAGUAGCGAGCAAUAAGGUCUAAUUUUUUUUUAGAUUGAGAUUGUAUAUCACAAGUCUUGACAAAGUAUUUUUCUUCUGAUUUAAGAUCUACCACUAGGGUGGAUUCGGCACCCUGGUGUAAUGUGGUUCACCCUGUGUCUGAAAAGACCGGUGGCAGCAUGAUGGGGUUUGACUACAAACUUCUAGUUGUUGUGAAAGGUUUGAUGAAGCGGUUUUAUAAGAGUGUAUGUGAAUGUGAUAAAAGAAUUUUAAAGUU